AUGGAAACCUCCGUCAGGUGGUGCAAAUCCGGUAGCCUGAGCUGCUGCUGGAGCCGGAGAACCACCAACUACGAUGAGCUUUUGUCUCUGAGUGUUUCGACUUCAAAACCACGCAUUAUCUGGAGAAUUUUGUGGAGAAAAGUUCAGAAAGCGAAGAAGAAAUUGUACACAUUUUCAGAGUCGACGAGAUUCGGUUACGAGGCUUCUGAUUAUGCACAGAACUUUGAUCACGGAUUAAUGUCGAACGAAUCAGAUGAUUUAUCAAGAUCGUUUUCGGCUCGUUUUGCUGUUCCUAAUUCUGCAAUCUUUUAUCGCAAGCGAUUAAUUGCUUGA